AUGCACCUCUUCCUUGUCCUCGCUGUCAUCGUCGGUGCCUCCGCAGCGCCCAUCCCCAACGCUCGCCCGCUCACCGGACGAGCGCUGCCCACACCGGUCUCCGUCGCGACCGCCAAGACCUACCUCUCUGAGCUCGUUGUCGCGGCAGACAGCAACUCGCCCGCGUACAGCCGUGACCUGUUCAAGAUCUGGGACACCAUCUCUGGCACAUGCGAUACCCGCGAAACGGUGCUCAAACGCGACGGCACCUCCGUCGUAACCGACUCCGCCUGCAAAGCGACCUCGGGCAACUGGGUGAGCCCAUAUGACGGCGUCGCCACCACACUUGCAAGCGACCUCGACAUCGACCACCUCGUCCCGCUCAAGGAGGCGUGGCUCUCCGGCGCGCGCAACUGGACACCGGCCCAGCGCGAGGCCUUCGCGAAUGACUUGACAAGGCCUCAGCUCGUUGCCGUGACGGACAACCUCAACCAGUCCAAGGGCGACAAGGACCCCGCAAAGUUCGUGCCCCCGCUCGCGAGCUACGUGUGCACGUACAUCCGCGCCUGGAUACAAGUGAAACACUUCUAUGCGCUGACUAUUGACUCUGCGGAGAAGAGCGCGCUGACAAGCUACAUCAAUGCUUGCUGA